AUGGGUUGUUGGUCGCUUGACUCGGUAAUGCUAUUUUCCAGCAGUACAUUCCGAACAAAGGUGGAACGAAAAACAUGGAACCUGGUUGUAAACCGCGGUAAAUUGAAGGAACAUGACACAGAAGUAUCAGAAAAAGUGGUUCUAUCAUUGGCAGAUGGUCUUUUCAAUGAUGACAGGACCAUGUACACGGACAACUACUACACAAGUGUUCCACUUGUACUGCGAAUGCGUAAAAGAAAGACGCAUAUAGUAGCGGCACUGAGAAGUAGCAGGAAAUACAUACCUAGAAAAUUGAAAAAAGGUGAAAUAGCAGCUCAAUAA